AUGAGCUCAAAUAAUCUUAAUAUUGAUAGUGAGUGUAACGUUGAUGGGGAUGUAGAUAAUACGAUAAGCUUGCAACAGUUAAGUCGAGGUUAUGCCAAUCCUCAAGCCAUUAUCAUCGCUCUCUCUAACUCCAGUCAUAUCUUGUCACUAAUAUCCUCAAUUCAACAGACAUACAACGUGCAUCCAAAAUUUAGGAGAGGUCUUGUGGUUUAUCUUAUCAAUUCUUUAUUUGACAAGCAUGUUGAACAAGAGAUGUCGCCAGGACUAUCAUUGAUCAUGCAACAAGAAACCCGGUUUUCUGUAAGCUACAUUUCUCAUAUUCCCUCUGUUAACAGCCAGAAAACCAUCAUUUCAGAGUUUAGAAAAGGCAUUCUUCAGCAUUUACCAGAAAAUUCACCACAUGACAGUCUUUACUUGCAAAAAAUAUUAGAGGGUUAUUAUGUAGGAAAGAUGAUUGCUGGGCUUGUUGAUUUGCAAUCAAAGCCAUCAUUUACAGCACUUGACUUUCUAAAUUCCAUUUAUUCCAUUUCCUCGUUCACUGUCAGCAAUGUGACAUUUGGCGCUUUUAAAGAACGUUGCAACUUGGGUCUUCGUGAAAAUUAUAUUUACUCGUUCAAUGCUUCUUCCGCCUUGUUCGAAGAAAUCUAUGUCAAAACGUAUGAUAUGGAGAGUUGCGGCUUGUUACGUUAUGAGAAUUCGAAAAGGAACUCUAUUUCUUCUGUUUCCAAAGAUGCCAUACAACAACCGUUGGUGCUGGUGAGGCUAAUUCCGUUUGAAGAAAACGAAAGUUUACCACGGAAUACCUUAACAUUAUUAUCGAAUGUUUACGAUUCAUCUGAUGAGUAUGUGAAAGGAUUGCAGUAUUUCAUCAACAUUUAUAAUACCAAACCACGUACUCACCAAUUUCAACAAAUUAGACUCCAUACUGAGUACUAUGGGUUAAGGCAAGGCAAGUACUCACUUGAGGCGAAGAUGAAGGCCAUGAUUGAAAAGCAAGGCGUUUUUGCAUUUGUAGGAACAGUAUUAACGUUAAACACAUCAUAUCCUGAUAUUAAUUCCCUGUUGAAGGCCUAUAAUGUGCCAAUGCUCACUUUAUCACAAUCUCUCGAGCUGAGAAGCCCCUACUCAAAAUAUUUUAUCAAUUUAAGGCCUUCUAUUUUAGAUGAAACAGCAUCAAUGAUCAAUUAUUUCCAAACAUUUGGAUCCAUUGCUAUUGUGUAUGCAAAUACCUUUGAAUGGACAAAUAAUGCUAUUCCAACCAUCACUCAAUACUGUUAUGCAAAUGAUUUUAGUGUUGUCAUGCAACCAUUUAACGAUAUGAAAGAUUUACAAAACAUCCUUACUAAGAUAGAACCAAAAUCAAUUAUUGUUUUGGGAUCAGACAAAGAUGUGGAAACAGCUCUUAAAGCUGUAGGAGAUUCUUCUUCAUAUAUAAGAAAUAUAGGUUUUUUAUCUGGAUCAUAUACACCAACACUUCAAUUACAAAUGCAGCAGAUUCUUUAUAGAAUAUCAAACAAAUAUUUGUAUCUUCCUACUCUCACAACGACUCCAAAGAUUGACAACGAUGUUUGUGCGCAAGAUUCUUCGUAUAGCAGCCAGCAAAACAUGAAGACAUUUCUUUCUUACUAUAAACAAAGCAACCCUGACCUCCAUACCUUAGAAGGAUUUUUAACGGGCUACUUUAUUGAAACAUUAUUAGAAAGAGCUUAUCAAUUAUCAACCACAGUAACGACGAACGAUUUUAUAACAACUAUUUUCAGUGGUCGCACUUUCAAUUUGAUGGAGCUCAUGGAAGUUGGGCCUUUUGGGCUGGAAUGCAGUUCGAAACAAAUCUCAUCAUGGAAUUUUUCUGUAGCUGAUGGCUGUUCCGAAUCAACCAACAAUGUAGACUCCUGUGAUUGCAAUCAAGGUCCAAGAAGAGUAUUGUUAACAAGAUUGACAUUAACCAACGAUUCUAUUUUAUACAAUGAUGUUAAUUUUGAGUUCACUUUUGACACAUGUGGAGUUAAAAUUAUUUACCCAAUACUUACCAAAGGUCAAAUAGCUGGAAUUUGCAUUGCAGGUGUCUGUAUUAUUUGUUUUAUAAUUUUUGUAAUUCUAAUUUGCUACAAAUGUUGUGGAAGAACGGAGAAUACAAAGUAUGCACCACAGACGGGCAACAUAACUUGUGGCUUUACAGACAUUCAAAAUUCUACUGUCUUAUGGGAACAAAAUGAAAAAGGCAUGAGGGAAGCGCUAAUCAUUCACAACGAUAUUCUGAGAAAAUUAUUAGAGACCUAUCGAGGAUAUGAAGUAAAAACUCACGGAGACAGCUUUUAUGUAGCAUUUGCAGAUGCAGUGGACGCAUUAGAUUGGUCCAUUGCUGUCCAACAUGCAUUGCUUGACGCAGAAUGGCCCUCCAGUCUCACGCAAAUGUGGGAUUGUAGAACAGAGUGGGAUUUGGAAACAAAACAAAAAGUAUGGAAUGGAAUUCGAGUAAGGAUAGGUUUGCAUUUUGGUCAUGCGGAUCGAAUCUUCGAUAAAACCAUGCACAGACCUGAUUAUUUUGGAACAACCGUGAACAUGGCCAGUAGAAUUGAAAAUUCUGCCUAUGGUGGUCAAGUACUGAUUUCAGAGGAAAUGUUUUUAGAGUUGUGGAAGCGAUUAGGUGUUGACAUGUUUAAGCAUGUUAUCUUUCAAGAUUACAAUUUGCAGAGCUACGUAGAAGAGAUUAAAACUAAAAUCUUGAUGGAGACCAAUGAUGCCUUAUCAGACGUUAGAUCUAGCAUGACAUUAGACCUCAAAUCACUCCCAUUAAGCACAAAUCACACCAUGGAUUUCCGUGCAAGCAUAUCAUCAUUAUCAUCCUCCAUGGCACGAAAGAGACAUGUAUCAAGACCAAAGUAUACUUGCCAUGAUUUAGGAGAAUUCAGACUCAAAGGAUUACAACACAUGGCGAGACUUUUUGAAGUCAAAUCAGAUCGUACCAACAAGAGAGAAUUUCCAGCUAUUUUACGUAACCUUGAAAAAGAUCCUUCUGUUAUGAGCAUUCUUUCAGAAGGAUCGUCUGUCGAGACUACCCAUCUGAGAGCUCAUAAAUUCAACAAUAAGGUCAUUCCCAUCGUUGAAUAG